UCAACCACCACGAUUCCCCCAAACCAACAAUAAAGGUUUACUGACAACUUCAGCUCACCAAAAUCGGCCAUCUAGCACGUUCCUCUCUGGGUGUCCGCUUCUGAGUGCAAGUUGGCUGAUCUUACGGAAACAGAAUCAAUAUUUACUCAUCCAGCAUGUCCAAUGAUUCUGAGGAAUUCAUCUUUGCAACGCUGUAUCGAAAAAGGUGGCUGAUGCUCUUUCUAUUCUGUUGCACCUCGUUGUGCAAUGCCUAUCACUGGAUAAAUCUGUCUAUCAUUUCGGAUCGAGUCUUGGUGGUAUGGAACGCAACAAUUCCAGGUAGCACGGAGGUAGCCAGACGGAUGGCUGUGGACUGGAUAUCACUGGUCUACUUUGUUACCUAUAUCCCCUUGAUUUUUCCGGCAUUUUUGGUCCUGAAUCGAUUCGGACUUCGAGUGACCAACGUCACCGCUGCGGUGUUAAAUACACUUGGCUCUUGGCUCAAGUGCGUUGCUUGCGUAUUGGCAACCCAUACGUUGAACUCUCCUUCAGCACCGGGGUUGGUGUCAUCCGCCUAUCCCUUGCUCAUGACAGCCCAAACGAUUGAAGCAGUAGCUCAACUUUUCGUCCUGGGUAUCCCGUCCCCUUUGGCAUCUACGUGGUUUGGAGAAAGGGAACUCAGUACAGCCACAUCGAUUGGAGUGCUUGCGAAUCAACUGGGUACCGCACUCGGCUUCGCAAUUCCUCCACUUAUCGUUGGGACGUGGUACACCGCAGAAAACGACACAAUUGGGGCAAGAUAUGAACAGAUGCACCGCGAAAUUGAAUACCUACUCUAUGGAAGCGCUGCAUUUACCACCCUGCUUGCCAUUCCGGUUAUCUUGUUAUUCAAGGAGCGACCACCGACUGCGCCAUCGCUUGCGGAAUCUUUGCGUUUGACGAAAAGAAAUCGGAGGAAAUCAAUCGGCAGCGGUGGAACUACGUUGGUGUCUACAUCGUACAAUGGUGAAAUCUGCACAGAUGGCUCUUGGAGCAUCCAGCAGCAGCUGAAGAGCAUUUGCACUAACAGGAGUUUUUUACUCCUCACGCUUUGCUACGGCACAAACACCGGUGUCGCUUACGCAUGGAGCAUCUUACUCAACGUCAUCUUGCAACAAUACUUCCAAUCGGAAUCUGAGUACGCCUGUGUAGCCACAACUUUCAAAUCAAUCGGAUCCGAUGGCGUUAUGAGUAACAAGGCAAUUUAG